GGUCAUGUGAGUCAAGCUCUUGAAUUCUUUGUUGGUACAUUGUCCAUUGCAAAGUGUAUUGUGAUCCUUGUUGUCCCUCUGUUACUCAUGUAUACCUGUCAUCAAGUGCAUGGAAAACAUUUUGGCUCUCCCAGGGGUAAGUAUACACCUCAGGAGCCAGGGAAAAUUAUCAUCAAUUAUUAAUUAUUUUUCCUUAGCACCAAGAUCAUAUUUACCCAAAAGAGCAUUGCAUAUUAAAUUUUUGGACUUGUUGGUGAAGCAGUUGUAACACUCUAGUUACUCAUUCUUUCUUUCUUUUUGUUUUUUGUCCAAAGAUACAAAGUUUUUAUAAACAUUUUUAACCAAGCAAGUGGGAGCUUAUUCAAAGCAGGCUGGGUGUUAAGGGAGUGGGCGACGGGACCUUAUUAAAAUAAUUUUCUAUGACAUGGAGAUAGAGUAGCUUAAUACUGUCCAAAUGGAGAAGAAACUCAAUUGACCAGUGCAAAGUUUGAGAAGUGAUAAAGCAAGACAAUUAACUACAAACAUCCUUAUCCUGCUGUUAUGAUUUACUAUGUCGUAGUUCAGAGUUCAACUUUUUGGUCGUAGUAAUGUAAAUGUCCAACUGGUUGGCCUUCCACAUGUUUGCUCGCAGAUGCCAGAAGAGAUAGAAAGCCUACAGAUAUCCCUCUAUUGCGUAUUGGGGUUUUGCUUUGGGUUAUUUGUUUCUAAUUAUAUUUUCUGAGGAGUUAUUCUGAGCAGUCCAGAUCUGCCACUAUGCGCGAUUUAAGGCUGAUUUUCACUAGCGACGGAAUCGGAGUCGGAGUCGUAUUCAGAAGCGUAAAACUUUACGAUCUUGUGAAAACAGCGUUGUCGGAGUCGCAAGCAGAAGCGGAACAGUUACUAAACUUUCAACUUUCAUUUUUUAUUUAAAUUCGUAAACCAAAGCAAUCACAAAGCGUGGGAACGUGCAUUGUGAUUUAUCCUUCCGCUCCCGCUUCCGACUCCGACAAUCUGGUUUUCACUUGAUCAUAAAGCGGAACGUAAGCGACGGAGUCGUAAGCGGAGUCGGAGAAAAAAGGGAACGUUCGUGAUUCUUCUGAUUCCGUCGCACCUAUGACUGGGCUUAUGACUUCGAUUUUGGAUUUUCACUAGGUCACAAGCGCUAUAAAAAAGCGACUCCGGUUACGACUCCGACUCCGUCGCUAGUGAAAGCCAUCCUUUAGGAGGAGCUUUCAGGGAUGAAAAACUAAGCUAAACUAAGCUAAACUAAGCCAUCCGCUACUACUACUCGUAGUCUAAAUACCAAAGGCAAGAGAAAGUUCUUUUUUUACACUCGGGACAUGUUCCAUUAGGUGCUCUAUGGAUAACAAAGUUUCUCUGUAUCUCCAUCCGUGCCUGCGCCUUUCUGAAAAUAGAGGCGAUUGUGUACAAUCUAACUUUAACCAAAAAUUAAUAAUUUUUGCUAGUUUAAGACUGUAUGCUUGGUUUACACGUUAACAAUUAACGCAACCGCCGUCUGCUUUUUCAUUUCUAAGUGGCCGUUGGACGUGAACAUGCGAAUACUAAAAAGACCAUUUCUCCCGAGAACAUAACGGAUACAGCUGAAUAUGUUGCCAAGAAACGUCGCAGACGGAAGAAAAAGGGUAGAACAGAAAAUUCUGAUGACCAAGAACCGAAGGGCGGACAUAAGGCGAGGGAGAAAAGUGCUACACAAGGCAAAGACGAGAAGUUAGUCGUGAUAAAAAUACUGAAAAGGGAUGCAUGUAAAACUGGAGACGUUAGUGGUAAUGCUGACAAAACUGCCGCAGUUAACGGUGUUGCAGAUGGAAGGAAGAAAGCUGAACACGUUGCUGCAAAAUCCAGUGAGAGUUCCUGUGCAACAGUUUCUGUUAAUGGCGUCAAAGUCGAUGAGAAACGCGACGAAUUUGUUGGUAGAAAUGGUGGUAAGGCUUUGGGAAGUGACGACGCCAAAAGUUGUGAGUUGUUAGGAAGACAUGAAAGUAAGUAUAAAAAGGCAUGCAAGAAAGAGGUAGCUUUAAAGAGUGCUACAGACAAAAGUAAAAAUCGCGACGAUUCCUGGGUUGUAAAAGAGCUAAAGGAGGUCAAGAGCGUUGGCGAAGGCCCGAGAAAACCUUUCAAGAAUGCGGUCUGUUUAGUGCUUGACCAGGUCGCCGAUUGUGAAAAAAAGAAACCUCGAGAAGUUAACAGCCCUCGGAACCCUAACCUAGGCUCUGAAGGCGAGAGGAUAAUUGAUCCCACUAGAAUUGAGGAUAGUAACGCAGGCUAUGAUUGCACACCGUGUAGUAAGCAGAUACAGACGGAUACUAAUUACGUCGCUGAUAGUCACGUGACUGAUUGUAACGUGACUGGCCGAGCGGUACCCAGUAAGAGCGGAAAUAAAGGGCGCACCUGUUGUGGUGGGUCAUCUGAAGGACAUCAGAGCUCGGCUAGUGCAAACACUCAUAACAAGACAAAGGGCACGCCUGCAAGGCGAAAAUCAUUCGAUCGUAACGCAGAGAAAAGUCAACAGCAUUUGUCUAAUAUUAACCAAACAAGGCAAGCAGUACCUUUUGAUCAUAGCUUGGGGACGGCUCCACGCCAGGGUAAGCUAACGGAAAAUGAUUGUCGCCCAAACCAGAGCCAAAGAAGGCGGAGAUCUUCCGACAGUACCUCAAAAGGAGAUCGUAGAGAGAGUGAGUCUCACCAAAAUUAUCGAUUUUGUGCGAACGGGAAAAGAAUACGACGAAGAUCCGUCGAUGCCGUCUCGGAAUACGAUCAGAGAGUGAUUGAGCGUCCGGGAAAUUAUCGAGAGUGCCAAGACGAGGGUGAGAGAAGAAAAACGUCUUCGGACAAUGAUGCUACCGGAAUUGAACUUCCGGGAUGUCAGCGAGAUUGCCAGACCGAAGACCAAAAAACACGAGGGUCUUCCGAUUAUCCCACAGAGAAUGUUUCAAGAAUAAAUGAUCCGUUUAACAAAAAGCAGCCGAUGGACCAUCAAAGAAGACGAAGAUCUCUUGGUGGCUUCUCGGAAAACCAUUCUCGAGGGAUUGAAGUUCCGGAAACAAACCGAGACUGUGACGAAGAUCAAAGAAGACGAAAGGCUUCAGACAGUGACACUACAGGAAGUGAGUUUUUGAAAAAUCGCCGAAAUUACCAAAUUGAGAAGCUACGAAGACAGAGGCCUUCCAAUCAUUACUCGGAAAACGAUUCAAGGGUGAAUGGCUCGUUCAGGAAACAUCAACAUCCUGCGGAUCAUCAACGAAGACGAGGAUCUUCCGAUCGCACUUCAGAGAGUGAUUAUAUUCAAGGUGAGAUUCCAGAAAAUCCCCAACAUCGAUCUGAAAACCGAAGAAGGCGAAAAUCUUCCGAUUGCACCUCGGAAAGUGAUCCUGUACAGGGCGAGAUUCUAGAAAAUUCCCGACAUCAGCCCGACGACCAAAGAGGGCGAAGAUCGUUCAACCGCACCUCGGAGAAUGAACUUUCCCAGGGAGAGAUUCAUGAAAACUUCCGACAUCGACCUAACAACCGAAGAAGACGAAGAUCUUUCGGCCGCACCUCGGAGAGUGAUCCUAUAGAGGGCGAGAAUCCGGAAAAUCCCCGACGUCGACCCGACAACAGAAGAAGGCGCAGAUCCUACGAUAACACCACUGAGACUGAACCUGGAAGAAGCAAACCUCUAGUAAACCGUAGACGUUCUGAAUCUGAUAACAAAGAUCACGUCGAGUCUGAAUGCGCAGAUGAAUACACACGAGUGAAAGUUGGGUUCUCAACGGAAACGUCCACAGGUAAGCCGUAACAACUUCUGUAACGAUUUAAGCCAACCGGUCGUUCCCUGAAGGAAGGGGUAGUGUCAUAGUCAACCUGAAUCGCUCUGUGAUAUCAUCCCUGAUCAUAUCGAUAUUUGGAAACAGCUGAGUCGUUUGUUCAUUUCAAUGGUAUUUAAACUAUAUCGUGACAUGGCGCAAGUCGUAUCACCCAAUUCCCCUUUUUGCGCUCUGAUAUAUAGUUAGUUAAAAGUAAAGGUAGUCAAUAGUAUCGAUAUAAGAAUUUAAAAAAAUUGAGUUUUCGGGGAUCUGAGUUUUCGAGACACCCAGGGGGUCUGAGUUUUUUGAGGUCUGAGGUCUGUGUUUUCGAGGUCUGAGUUUUCGUAACACCCGAGAACCUCUCCGUAUUUGGUCAGAUUGAAAAUCUUAGAAGGGAUAAAAUUGCUUCGAAGACAUUUACAUCAAAUUCAGGGAAACUGAGCUGGUAGAAAUUUCAUAACUCGGGGUCGGCCAGGGUUUUUAAGUUUACAGUAUUUUAUGCGUAAAUUUGGGUAUAAAGUAUUCACUCACAACUAAUUUUGGAUAUAAAGUAUACCGUGGUUUUCUUAAUUUUGGUAUUUUACACGAGUUUUAGUAUAAUUUUUGGUAUAUUGGAAGGUUUAUUGGUAUUUUGGUAUUCCACUCCCCUCCCCCCCCUCCCCCGGCCGACCCUGAUAACUGCUUCGCAUGUGAAUUCACGGCUCAUUUCGCAUGCAAGAAUACAGAGAUGAGUCUGAAAUCCAAAACUACCAACGGAUUUAACUUUCGAAUGAUAAAUACAUUAAUGGAGUCAUGGGGGUACACUUGACCUGGCUUGACUGUAAAAAAAAAAUUGAUCGUCUCAUUGUGUUCAUUUUUUGUUUUGAUUUAUUUUGGCUUUGAAUUUGGACAGAAAGAUAAAGAAUAAGCCGGCUGUAAAAAGGGUGAUAAAGGCUUAGAAAACUUGCAUUUUGUACUCUCUUCGCAGUUGAUUGAGCCAGAAACACAGGGCGCGAUCCAUUCAACCAAAAUUCCAACCGGUCCGACCGGGAAAAGUGGUCCACCUCAAAAGGUGGCCCCGUUUUUUCGAAACUUUUCCGGUUGGACCGAACCGAUCCAUUGAGUUUUGGACCGAAAUUUCCGGAAAGUUUGGUUGAAUGGAUCGCGCCCACAAACUAAAAGGUAAAAGGGCCUUGUGCGUUUUAUUUUUCCAAAGCGCAUUCCGAAUGACUUCAUGAUAUGGGUAACUUGUCCGGGCACGGACUUUUCUUUUUACCAACGCAGCUGUUUUAGUACGUCUUGUAAAGGAAAGUGUAUGUAAGCAGGGAUCUGUUUUAGAAGUUGUGAUUGUUAUAUCAGGUGAUCUUUCCCAUUGACACAUCGGGGUAAGGAGGCUUAAAUCGUAGCUUCUCUCGAAAGCGCUUGUCAGAGAAACACAAUUUUGCAUUAUCGCUGUACCAACGAUUUUAUCUUUUUUGGCAGCUGUUUAUGACGCAGUGAUGAAUCCAACUGCAGAUGACGAAGUCUUCGAGAUUGCUUCAACUAUGGACGAACCGCACGUAGCAGAGGCGACAGACACGAAUGGCGGACAAGAAACAUCUUCGGAAAGUCUACAGAGCCAAUUUAAGAUCGACCCGGCUGUGCGCGAGAGGUUAUUAAACCCCAAAUACCCCGUGAUUGUUCCAGAUAGACCACUGGAACAUAUUAGUUACCGCGAUAAAAACUGGCGACCUGAAGAAAUCAGAGGCGCAAAUAAGUCGCUGGUAGGAGGUAUAUUCGGAAGUAAGUGGCGAAGAAAAAUGGAAAAGAAGGAACGUGAGCAGGAAAUGAAAGAACUUGCGGAAGAGGAAAAACGGAAAGCCGAGCUAAAGGAAUGGAGUGAUAAUAUAUGCCCUACGUUUAUGGUCUGGGGCGUUUGCCAUCGAGGGGACAACUGUCAUCUUCGCCAUCCUUCUUAUCGAUACCUCGAGCGACCACCGCGAAAGAAAGAGAGCUCUGAAUCUCGUCCGGAGAAACAAAAGCCGGAUCCAAAUUCUUACGCAGCUGUUCUUGGAAAAAGUCCCGAACCAAAGGAGUUUUUUAACGAAGCAGUGCUCCUAGCUGAAAGUAAAACAGAGGUAAAUAAGAUAUCGUUUGCUAACGUGCUUGUUAGCUCACAGAGAGACCGCGAAACGAGUAAGGUUCCUGUGCCGAAGACAAGUUAUGAAGAGGCUUGGCCAUCUCUUGGGUCGCCUGUGAAAGGGCAGGGUAAGGUACCCAGCAGGGCCCCUGCAAGUGGACCUAAGGCGUGGAGCACUCAGAAAGGACCCUGGAUCCUUAAGGAGCAAAACAGUGAAACCAGUAACUUGCAGACUGUGAGCGACGCGGCCAUAGCUCAGGAACUGCAAGCUGAUGAGUACAUGCAGAUGGAACCGGAAGAAUACGAUGAUUAUUCUUACUAUGCAGAAGAGGACUAUGAUUACAACGAAGACAGUUACUACGAUCAAGACCCAGAUAAUAAUGACGACGAAGAAAAUCAAAGGUCGUUUAUAGACUCUCGUCACCAAACGAAAGUUCUUGAGCUGGAGGAGUUUAAUUCGCGGCUGCCGACGAGCGCAGUUAUAACAGAACAGGACUCAACGUCGCCCAGAGAAUCCAUCCCACAGCAGGUACAAGACAGUCCUUGUGACAUCUGUAUGGACAGGCCAAAGGAUGCUACCCUGGUUUGUGGCCAUAGGUUCUGUUAUCAGUGUGCGUUACAGAUGCGACUGGAUGAACGCGUUUGUGCCAUCUGUAGACGAUGCAUUGUCUCAGUUAUUAAAACAUACAACUGA